AUGUCUUCUGAAUUCCCAGCAAUUCAGCCCGGAGGGUCAUUGAUUCUAGCUUGGCGUAUACAAGGUAAAAAGGUCUUAGUAAUUGGCGGCGGCGUGGUUGCUUCUGGCAGAAUUAAUCAUGUUUUAAACGCUGAUGGAAUCCCAAUUGUUGUCAGUCCUGAGAGCGGUCUCUGUAAAGAAGUAGCGUUUCGCAUCCAUGAAAAACAGGUGGAAUGGAGAAAUCGAGAAUUCUCUCCAGAUGACAUUACAGAGGAUAUAGCUAUGGUUUUAUCGGCGGUUGAUGAUCCUUCUCUGUCUACUCAAAUUUAUAAGUUAUGCCAGUCGAAACGAGUACCCAUCAAUGCAGCUGAUAUUCCACCAGAAUGCGACUUCUAUUUUGGCGCAGAAAUUCGAGAAGGACCCCUUCAAAUCAUGGUUAGCACAAAUGGAAAAGGGCCUAAGCUUGCUACUAUCAUCCGAGAUCAUAUUCGAAACACUCUUCCAAACGAUGUAUCCGCCGCUAUUACUCAGACCGGACUUUUAAGACAAAAGCUCAGAGAAAUAGCACCUACGCCGGAACAGGGAAGAAAACGCAUGAGGUGGAUGAUUCGCCUUUGUGAAAAAUGGUCCUUGAAUGAACUGGGAUCUCUAAAAGAAGAGCAAAUGGGCAAAUUGUUGUGCCAUUUUCCGUCUUCCGUCCCUACAUUCAAGGAAUUGACGAGUGCACCACCCAACGUUCUUGAGAACUACGUUUGGGCAACCACUGUUCUUUUGGCCGGAGGUUUAAUUUUUGCAAAAUAUUUUAAACACUGA